ACAUUUCUCCACAUUCGAUCGCCCGUGGUGCGCUCAGUCGAUCGACGACGCUUGCGUAUCGCAGAUCGGCCGCUCGACUCCUUAAUUUCGCAAUCGCGCGUUCGUAAAUCUCCGCAAUUGUUGUUUGGUUUGGUGCGGUCCAGCUGAUCCAUUAAUUCCGUGAAUGAAAAUCACAUUUUGACGUUUUUCAUUGAUUAAUCGAGUGAUGGUUUUGUAAAAUCCGGUGGUUUUUCGCGGGUUUUAUUCGAUGGCGGACGAUAGUGUCGUGGUGCCCCUCAGAAAAGUCGUUUUUGAUGUAUUGUUGUUGCAAUUAGUGGGGUGGCCUAUAUUGUUCCUGUUUCUCUGGGGCAAUCCCUUUCACAGGGGAUUCUUUUGCGAGGAUGACAGUUUACGCCAUCCCUAUCACGAGUCGACGGUCCCCAGUUGGACCCUUUACAUUACGGGAUUUGGGCUGAACGUGAUUACGAUGAUGCUUACAGAGAUUCUAAACCGACCAAACGAAAAGAAAACUUUCUACUUCAUGGGGAAGAACAUCCCUUAUUGGAUGUUCAAUGCUUACUGCGCCAUAGGGAUGUUCGCUUUCGGGGCAGCAUGCUCACAACUAACGACUGACGUCAUGAAAUAUACUAUCGGAAGACUGAGACCGCACUUUUAUACCGUGUGCAAGCCAAGUAUUAACUGUUCGCUGCCAGAAAACCAGUUUGUAUACCAUACGGAUUUCACCUGUACGAAUCCGUUGUAUUCAUCAUCGAAGAGGAUAAUGAAAGAAAUGAGACUGUCAUUCCCGUCGGGUCAUUCAUCAUUCUCCAUGUAUACUAUGGUAUACUUCGCGAUAUACCUUCAAAAACGUAUGACAUGGGAUGGUUCGAAACUGUUAAGGCACACCCUACAGUUUCUGGCAGUUCUUUCGGCAGUAUUCACGGCAAUGACCAGAGUGUCCGACUAUAAGCAUCACUGGAGUGAUGUUUUGAUUGGUUUAUUACUCGGGGCCACUAUUGCUAUAAUUACGGCCAAUUACUUUGCACGAUUUCAACCAGAGAACGGUAAAAUAAGAGACACUUACAUAGCAAUCUAAAUAAACACUCAAGGGCUUUCGAGUUUACCCUAGAACAAUUACAAGGCUCGGUUCUUUUCAACUCUGUUCACGCCAAACCGUUACGAACCUUCCGAACAUUCGGAAAUGAAUGGCAAUGGAGACGCUGGACGGACCACGGCAAUAAGAGUCUAAUUUGGUUCCAUUUUAAUGUAAUUAUUAAUUUAUGGUCACGUCUACAUAGUGGAUAUAAUUGAAGCUCGAUUCCUUAAAACCUCGCAAACGGUUUUAAUCCUACUGUUAUUAUUGAAUAUAGAGGGUGUUAAAGACGUUAUUUUUCAGGAAGGUUUAAAGAGUGUUAUUGAAGGAUUUUUUUGGUUAAUUUAUAAGGCGCAAUGAAAUGCAGUCAAUGUUUUCAGAAUUCAUGCAAACUGGGUUCAUGUUAACACUACAGCAAAAAAGGUUUUUUUGAGGUAAAAAUAAUAGUAGAAAUUUUAUUUAUUUUUUUUGAGUAAAUUGUAUGUCACUUUUUUAUUUAAAGAAAUAAGUUAUUUUAUUCUUUUUUGAGUGAAAGUUUGCUUUACGAUAAUUAAAAAAAAUUAUAAUUUUAUGAUUAUAUAAAAGUUGUAACUAGAUAAAUGUAAUCAUAUUAUUGGUCUGUCUAGUGAGAAAAUUAACUUAAUUUUCUUAAUAUUUUAAGAAUUUCGAUACGGUUUUAUAUGUCAGUUUUUGGUUACUACAUUAUUCCUUUUUUCAAAAUUUUUAUUUUGUCCAGUUAUCUCCGGCUAGAUUCAAAAUUUUUAAAACCGAUAUCUUAAUACGAAAAAAUUCCAACGAAUUUAGACCACCGCGUAAAAUUAUUUACCCAGUUAUUCAACAAUAACGAAAUUUCAAAAAAUAUUUAUAUAUUUAUAUAAAUAUUUAUAUAAUAAAUUUUAGUUUUUUUUCUGACGUUAUUUUAAGCCAUAGAGCAAAAGAAAUUACGCUUGAUGGUGAUCUAAAAUUGACGAUACGACGUUUCGUAUUUUAGCGACCAUUAUCAAUUUUUUUACUAUAAAACAUCAUAUUGUAAUAUACCAUGAGAAAGAGAGAGAUGGUUAGAUAAGUUUUAUCUAUAAAUUAUUGUACCCUCAAACUAUUUUUAUUAUGCAAGUAUGAUACAUAGUGGAAGGACUAUUUAAAUUUAAUUUAAUUCAAUAUGGUGCUUAUAAGGAAAAAAAAUUGAUGAUGGUCACGAAAAGAUGAAACGUCGUAUCAUUAAUUUCAAAUAAUUAUAUUGUCGGGGUAAAAAAAUAGCCAUGAAAAAGUGUUAUUUAUUUUGUUCCAGUUGAAAUAACGUCAGAAAGAAAUUUAAAAAAAAUUUGAAUUUUCCUUUUUCGGAUAUAUCCGGAAAUAAUCAUAUUUUUUAAAAUUUUCAAAGGGCAUUCUAAUCCAUUGGUUCCCAAAGUAAUUUUUUUAAGUCUAAGUAGACAAUAUUGUCUAUUAUGAUGAAACAAAUUUUAGGAUGCAAUGUAAUGUUACACUUUUCGCAAAUUAUUUACUUUUUUACCGCAUUGAGCAAAUCUAUUAGAUGACGUAUAUUCUCAAAUCGUACUCUGUGCAAUGGUCGAGGCACUUACUAAGUUUUUUCCUUGGUUCGGAAAAAACUUAGCGACAUCUAUCGUCAGAAAAACAAUAAACCAACAGAAUGAUUUGAUUGAAAUUUCCGCAUAAGUAACCGAGUACUUACAACACAUACGUCUAAUAAAUAUAAGACUAGUGACCAAUACAAUUUCCUUUGACGAAAUCUAGAUCCUAAUUUGUCCACGCCAUCCAUAUACUUAUUACCUCUCUCUCUCCAUCCUUCUGCUAUCCAAGCUUCUCUGUCCUGAUCGGCCUGCAGUUAUAUGCAUGCAGCAUGUAGAUACUAGUAUUGCCAGUCCAACUAAGGGUUUCAUCUGGUCUAUGCAUCAUGUGGGUGUUAUUCCCCUCGGUCGUUUUCCAACCACUUUCUCUAACACAAUAAGUUUCUCUAAAUCAACAGUUCUUCGUGACAGAUGGCCAAAGUAUUUCAGAACAGCAUUUUCAAAGUGAGGUGAAAGGCGAGUUCACAUUACGAAUAGAUGCGAUGUUUCGUCCAGGAUAUACGCAGCAUUCUUCUGUAAGUCCACAUCUUAAAGGAGUCAAUCUGUCUUCUGUAGGACAUUUUUAACGUCCAGUUUUCGGCAGUUGCAAUGGGAAAUAAGAGGCCUUGGAUGAGUUAUAGUUUGGUUUUCCUAGUAAGUGCGAAGUCUUUCCAGUGUUAUCAGCCGACUUAGGUUAGGUAUUAAUUUUUCUGCCCCCUAUUGAUUUCCCAGCCUUCCAUAACUUCUCUCAUAAUGUAUACUCUGUAUACAUUUAAUAGCAUUAGCAAGAGUAUACAGUCUUAUCUUACACCUGACUCUAUAUAAAAUUUAUCAGAGCAUACGCCGUCUAUCUUUACUUUUACAUUAUUGCAUUCGUAUAGACUUUGGAUGAGCAAUAUCAGAUGCAAGAGAACUGUUAUUAUCUUCAGCGUUUCCCAUGGUGCAUUCCAUCAGAUUUUUUAUCAAAUGCUUUGGUGGGGAGAGACUCCGAAAUUUGUGGGGAAGAAAAGGUUUGAUCCAGUCGUUAAUGAUUGACACCAGAAAUUUACUGGCAUGUGACAUUAUAGGCCUUAGGUUUCCACAGUCUAACGGCCCCCACUUUUUAUAUAAUGAUAUAAACAUAAGAGUGGCACCAUCCUCUUAGCCUCUUUCCAGUGUUCCAUACUUGCGUGCAAAUUUUAAGAAAUAUAUGCACUCCUUCGUUACCAUUACAGUUUGCCACAAUUUUGGACUGAGGCAGGCCCUUUUUAGAUCGGGUAUUCCAUCAAAUCUGUCCCAACGAAGUGUGUUGGUUACUUCAGUCGUUUCAAAAUUGGUUGCAAUGGAAACAGCUUUACGAUCUUUCAUGUGAGGAUGCAUUUAGAUAAAACUUAAAGAUUCCUCUUGUUCUUCCUCCGCUGAUGAUUCCAUUACUUUUUAGCUUGUACUGGACUUUUCGUUAAACGAUUGUCCUUAAUGUGUCUGUGGCACAAUAAUCAUUUUUGUGACAAUAGUCAAUAGUCAAGGGGGGAAGGGCUGUAAUUAUCCAUAAAAAUUGUUUAAUUUUUACCAGAAGGUAACUGAACUUGCUCCAGUAAAGAUAAUAUUACAUCUCCUUCCAAGCCGAAUUUUUUUUCUCUAUUUAGACCUUUUUCGGUAAACACCACAAAACCAUAUAUGUAUCCGCUACUUGAGCAAAGAACCCAAAUCUUGAAGCCAAAUCUUAUGGCCUUAUCCCGAAUAUACUGCUUGGCAUAAUGAUUUCCAUAGUUUAACACUAUGCGCUCAUCAUGUUUUCUAAAAUGUAGGUUUAGGUGGUCUAUUAAGGGUCUCAAUUUAUAAAGCCUGUCGCGUUGGGGAAAUUUUGAAUUGUUAUUUGAUUCCGACGCAUGCUGUUUAGAUAUUUUCCAUAUCCUGAUAAAAAAAAAAACAGUUUACUUUCUGGAGUAAUAAAAGUCAAAAGGUCUAUAUUGAAAAACAAUUGGAGAAAAUCAAUUUAAGUAAUUGCAAGCUUUUCAUCCUGUGAGUAUUCGCUUGGGCUAUAGGUAAUCACAAAAACACUCUUAUUUGGUCGUUUAGUAUCAGGGUCCCUCCAUCUUCAUUUUUAGUAGGUAGACAUACUCUUGCUGCGUUGUACUUUUAUUGAUUUUUAGUUUUUCUUAUGAAGAACGAAUAAGGGCAGUAAAUCUUCAGGUUCAAAAUUCUCUCAGGGUCAUUUCCAUUAGCUGCAGGUAAAAUAUAAAAGUUAGAUUCCAGCAGGUCGUUCUAAAUAGUCCAUUACGUGUGCUAAGGUAAAUCUAAAAAAAUGCAGUGCAUGCAGUCCCUCAAAAGGGACACAAUAUAUAUUGUUUACUCACCGAUGACCGUUAUAAGAGUAAUGCGAUGAAUUAAUUUUAAAUUCAAAGCAAAUAUUUCUGCGAGAAAUUUAAAAAACACUUACUUAAUAUGUUGGGUCAAGUCUACCGAAUAUGCUUUGCCACUGUAAAUGCUAUGUGUAUGCCCUGUAUCGAUUUAUUCAAUUUUUUUUAAAUAUUACGAAGAAUUUAUUUGUCUCCUUUAAGGGACGCUAGGUACUAAAGGGUUUAUAAGCACCAAGUUACGCAUCUUUGACCUAAUUUAACUGAUCCUCUAUAUCUUACGGUUUCCGAGCCUGUAGCGCAAAAAAAAUUUAUCUAGUCAGAAAAUUUUAAGAAAACUCUCUAAUUUCCAAUUAAUUUAAAAACAUACAAAUUUUACAUAUAAAUACUCAUACGUGUAUCGAUUGUUCAUAAAUUAAUAGUAAAUAACCAUUUUUGAAUAAUUAGAAAUUUAAAAUAACCCUCUUUCUGCACAAAAGAUGCAUGUUUCGAAAAUUUCGCAUCAUCAGAUCAAUCAUAUGUUAAUAAGUUCAUCUUAUAACCAUUUUUAUUAUUGGCCAAUAUAUUUUGAAUUAUAUGCUUUACCAUGCGCGUACUUUAACACCCUUUAUAUUAAAACGAAUUUGCCCAAAACAUUCAUAGAAAAUUUUUAGAUUCAUAUUUAAAGCUUUUGUGUUAAACUUAGCAAAAAAGGGACCUCACAUGAUAAUAACCUGAAAACCUAAAAAUUUAUAUAGUGCAAUUUCUGCUUUUAAAUAUACUUAUAGUACAUAGUAGGUCCAUAUAAUUGACCAAAAGUAAAAUGUAUGUCUAAAUUCCGUACUUUUAUCUAUAACGUAGAUUAGUUAGUAAGCCAAAAUGCUUACAAACUUUCAUAUUUUAUUAUAUUAUAGCUUUGCAAAAAUUGGUAAAAGCACUAAAGCAUAAAAUGUGAAACAAUACGUAUUAUUAAAAAACUAGUUUUAAAAACUGCCAAUAUAAAAUACCGUAAUUAUUAUGUAAAUAAACUUAAUAUACCCUCUCCAUUCUGUGAUCCUUGAUAAAUAAAAUCUCUCUUUAAAUUAAAUUAUAAAUUAAUUCAUAGUCAAUAAUGCAAUACCUAAAACGUAUUUCAAGAACAUUCAGGGUGUAGAUAUUUUUUCUUCUAGUAUAUGUAUAGUUAAUAUAUUGAUAUUCUUAGAUUUAGUAUGUAUCCGUAGGUUAAGAUAUUUAUUAUUGUAGUAUAUACUAUACAGGGUGUGCAUUAGUAGCGAAAUUUUGAAGAACAUUCAAGGUCAUCUCGAAAUGUUUAUAGAAAGUACAUCCUGUAUAUUAUGUCUGCAUUUUAUUGUAUGUUUUUUUUUUUAAAUGCGACAUUUCGAUGCUUUAUGUGCAUCAUCUUCAGGACGAAAAGUGGAAGGAAAAGUUAAAUAUUAAUCAUUGGUUUGAACAGAUUUUAUAUAUGGAAAUAUUCCAAACAUUACGUGACCUGAAUAAGUUGAAUGCAUUUUAACUUAUGCAUAACAUGGGGGUUCUAGGAUAGUGAAAAAGAAUAACAUAAGCAGAUUCCUACACAUGUUGUGAUUGGCAUUAUACUGAUAUUCUGAGAAUGUUUACUGACAAAAAUUGCAUAUGCUUGAAACGUAAAAGAAACAUUCUUCCUAUGUAAAAAUAAAACAAGCCUUAACCAAGGCUAUUUUAAAAAUAGUCGUGUAAAGGGUAAAUAGUCUUAUUAUUUUGCUGGACCCCUAUUUAACCCAUUA